AUCAUACGCACCGCUUGAGAUCAUGCUUAUCUCGCAACGACCUAUUCGAGACGAAUAUCGAUGCAGAAUGCUCCGGACCCUGGGAGCAUCCCUGCAAUGAAGAUCACGAACGGGUGACAUCGUUUUCUGCAGCCUGUACUUGACACGGGGCUAAGGAAAAAGCAAUGAUUUGCCCUCCAGCCCCAUCAGCUGCCACGAUCUCUAGGCUGGCUUUUAAGUGAGGGUUGAACAGAAGGCUGCGACAAUGACUGACAUUAUGAGAGGUGUCAGAAGGUCAGCUAGGCAUUGACUUGCACGCUGUAUCACCCAGUGUGGCGGGCCUCAUAUCUCUACGUCCGAGACACACCUCUGCGAUAUAACUACGCUGGUACGCUGUUUGGGAUACUGAUAGGGAUCAUCCUGCUGCCUGUUGCCUGGAAUUGCAAUCUGAUCUCAUCGGACGCCACUAUACGCGUGCCCAAUACAGAUAUCAAUGCUAGCGGACUGGUCAACAUGUGGACCUUCAUAUUGCAGUUCUUUUCUACUAUGCUCCAGUUACGUUUGUCAAUGACCAAGGAUAAUGAGACGAUAGUCCCGUUCAAUGUAACCACAACCGCUUUGCCAUGCUAUGUGGUGGAAUAUGCACCGCUUGUCUGGCUUUAUAGCAAGGAGACGUACAUGCCAUCUGAUAUCGGACAACAGCUUGUACAUACGAACCCAAUGGUGAACUGGACAACAAUCAAGGCAGCACCAUCACCACUAACCCUCAAUAACCUGGCUAGCCUGAACAAGUUGGGAAACACCAGCGUCUACCUGACUUCCAAAGAAGGUAUUGACGCUGAUCCACAGCCAAGAUGGCUUCAUGGCGUGACACCAAAUGCGAAUGGCAAAACAGAAGGCGCUGUCUCAUCGACAAUAAUCCUUCAUGACCACGGAGACGGGACAGUAGACGCAUUCUACUUCUACUUCUAUGCGUACAACCAAGGAAACACAGUAUUGGGCAUGCAAUUCGGAAAUCACAUCGGGGACUGGGAGCACAAUAUGAUUCGGUUCAAAAACGGAAUCCCGCAAGCACUCUGGUACAGCCAGCACGCAGGAGGCGAAGCCUUCACUUACGACGCAACGGAAAAGAAAGGCAAACGACCGAUCGCAUACUCUGCGAAUGGCACCCAUGCCGUAUACGCAGUACCCGGCUCCCACGACCACACGAUCCCUCGCUUUAACCUCCCCGUCGGACCGGUAAUGGACUACACCGACAGAGGAACACUUUGGGAUCCAAUUGCAAACGCAUACGCAUAUAAUUUCGACGCAUCCAGCCAGACGUUCCAGCCCUACGACCUGCGGUACCCAGUCAACUGGCUACACUUCAACGGGCAGUGGGGAGACGACGCAUUGCCGGGAGGUCCGGAGCUGUUUGGACAAGCGAAAUACACUGCGGGCCCGAACGGGCCAAAAUUCAAACAACUUGUACGGUCGAACGUGUGUCCAAGCAGUCCAUGCGUUGUUCUGCCUUUCCGUAUCUGGAAUGAGAGCGAGAGGCCGGACGAGUGAUGAUUCCUGCAUGAACAUAUCAUAUUAUAUCGUUUGUUGACUCAUGGGUAGGUAAAUAGAUAGAUAGCACGACUGAACCGUUGAGAAGACGGACCCAGAAUCUGACGAUCAGAAGGGGGAGGGGUGUGGGUAUGUGGAUUGUGGAGAUUGGGGCACCGUACGGAGUAAACAGGCUAUACUACUCCGUAUGUGAGUGCUAUGCUGUAGAUACUAGAUACUGAUAGGUACUUUUGGUCUCAGUCAUUCCUUAGACAUGAUCAUCUGAUGUUUUGAUUGCGACCAACUUGCCCACUUCAGCUGAAACAGUACAUACGACCAAGGCGAGCAAACUUGGGACCCGAGGCAAGUAGUCUGUACUACAGAAGCUUAUGGUCG